AUGCGCCUAAGUAUGCAUGCUAAGGUUUGGAUAAGAGGAAUUGUGGUGAAAUUGUUGUCUUGCACAAGAUCCCAAGGUCAAGAAUUAGUACCCUUUGAUCCUGAGAUAGAAAAAACGUUCCGAGAGCUCUGUCACAUCAACCAACAAGCAUUUGAUACUGAUUUAGAGUCUGACACAGAGUCAAUGGCAGCCAACACUAAGCCCUUGAAGGAGUAUUCACAGCCCACAAUUUUAGAAGAGCCUUCAUGUAUCACAUUUCCUGAAAUUGAUGAUGUUUCGUUUGAGCUGAAAUCCGGUACCAUUGGUCUUCUUCCUUCGUUCUAUGGUAAAUCAAAUGAAGAUCCCAACAUUCAUAUUAAGGAUUUUUACAUAGCUUGUGGUACGGUUCAUAUCAAGGGAGUUUCACAAGAAAUAGUGCGUCUGAGAUUGUUCCCCUUCACUCUCAAAGACAAGGCCAAGUCAUGGUUCACCUCUCUUCCUGCUGGAUCCAUCACAUCAUGGGAAGAACUUGCUCAAAAAUUCAUGCUGAAAUUUUUCCCUGCCACAAAAACAUUGCUACUUAGGAAGGAAAUCACGAACUUUGAACAAAAGCCUCAAGAAUCUUUUCAUGAGUGCUGGGAGCGAUUUUGUGAUCUACUACAACAAUGUCCUCAUCAUGGAGUGGAAACUUGGAUGCAAAUGCAGAUCUUUUACCAAGGACUAACCUCAGCCAGUAGAAACAAUGUUGAUGCGGCGUGUGGAGGAGCUCUGAGUGAGAAAGAUCCUAAGGAGUGCUUCAAAACUUUUGAGAGAGUUGCUGCCAAUUCUAUGCAAUGGGGCGAUGACAGAUUCACAAGGAAGAUUACUGUGCAUAGUGUCGAUACAAAUCCUGGAUUCGCUUCAGCAUCUCAAGUAUCCAACUUGGAAAAGAAGCUUGAAAAUUUCAUGCAGUCAAUGACCAAAUUUGUUUCUCCUUCCUCUGUGUGUGCUAUUUGCUCUGAUAAUUCUCAUCCAACUAAUAAUUGCCCUUUGAGUGAUCUUACGCAGGAGCAGGCUAAUCAAAUAAAUUCAUUUCAAAAGCCACGACAUGAUCCCUACUCCAACACGUAUAACCCGGGAUGGAAGAACCACCCCAAUUUCUCAUGGAGCAACAACAAUCCGUCUGAGCAGCGCAUUUAUCCUCAGCAAAAACCUGUCAAUCCGAAUGAACCAAGAGAACCAACUUUGAAGGAGAUUAUGACUCAAUUUAUUCAGACUCAACAACAAACAAACAAUAACCUUCAAGCUGGUUAUCAAAAUUGUCAUGCUGCAAUUCAGAAAUUGGAAGUCCAAGUGAGCCAGAUUGCAAACAUAGUCAAUGAGAGGGAGAAAGGCAAGUUACCUAGCCAACCUGAAAUCAAUCCAAGAGGCCAGGAGCACAUUAAGGCGAUAAAAACAUUAAGGAGUGGGCGAACUUAUGAGGCUAGACCUGAAGAUGUUUCUAAGGGUGAAACAGAGGGAAAACAAGCUGCUGAAAUGGAGUUAGACGUGGAAGACAAGAAUACACUUCAGCCACACCCUGUCCCUGCCACAACGGAUGUUACAGAGGCCCCUACAGCAGCUAUUGAGCCUACCAAAGAACCUACAGCAGCUACCCCUUCCAAGGAGCGAAUAUAUGUGCCUCAAGUUCCUUUUCCGCAAAGACUACAGAAGCACAAGAGAGAUCAACAAACAAUGGAUAUUCUGGAAUUGUUUAGAAAGCAGCUAGGCAUUGGAGAGAUCAAACCAACUUCUGUGAGCUUGCAACUGGCUGAUAGGUCUAUCAAAUAUCCACUUGGAAUCGUUGAAGAUAUACUAAUCAAAGUGGAUCAAUUUGUUCUUCCAGCAGAUUUUAUCAUCCUUGACAUGGAGGAAGACAGAGAAGUUCCCAUCAUUAUGGGACGUCCUUUUAUGGCUACUGUUGGCACCAUUAUUGAUGUGAAGAAAGGUUUAUUGUCUAUGACUGUGCAAGGCCAAACUGUUGAGUUCAAGGUGUUUGAAGCCAUUAAGAAACCUGUGGAGAUGGAUGAGUGUUUUUGUGUAGAUGUCGUUGAUACUAUUGCCCACACCACUUUCCUAGCUAAUGUAAACGAGGAUGAACUUCUCACAUGCCUAGCUAACCCGGAGCUAAGAUCAGAUUCUAAUGAGGCCCAACACCUUGUAGCAGCUUUGGAUUCGACACCUAUUCAGUUCCCAAGGUGGCGUCACACAUAUGAGCCACUAGGGACACCUAGCGCUCCUAUCUUGCCCUCCGUUGAGAUACCUCCAAAGUUGGAGCUCAAGCCAUUGCCUGAACACUUGAAAUAUGCCUUUUUGGGAGAAUCCGAUACACUUCCUGUGAUCAUUGCUUCUGAUUUGACUGUUACCGAGGAAGAAAAGCUUUUGCGGGUUUUGAGAGAGUACAAAACAGCUUUAGGAUGGACCAUAGCUGACAUUAAAGGCAUUAGUCCAUCCAUGUGCAUGCAUCGAAUUUUACUAGAGGAUGGUUCUAAGGCUACCAUUGAUGCGCAAAGAAGAUUGAAUCCUAACAUGAAGGAGGUAGUCCGAGAGUCCGGGCUAACCACCAAGGAGCGCAAGAGAAAGAUCGCGCAGGCAACUUAUGUCUCCCAAGUCACAACGGGAGUACCAGCUGUUGGGGACACACCUAUCAUCGGCUUCCAGAAGAAGGACUUGAUCGGGCUUGACCUGCCACAUAAUGACGCCCUAGUCAUCUGCAUCCAAAUUGAACAAGCUGUGAUCGAGCGAGUUCAUGUAGAUGAGGGCAGCGCAGCCAACAUCCUGCAACUAUCUGUUAUCCAACAGAUGGGGUUCGAGCCCAAGAUUAGCAAACUUGCCAGAUUGCUCACCGGCUUCAAUGGGGCCACAUCAAUCACUAUUGGAACGAUCGACUUGGAUGUCCACUCACCCCCAGUGGUCUGCUCACAGACCUUCAUUGUCAUCGACGAGGUUUCCCCCUACAACGGAAUCUUGGGCCGACCGUGGAUCAGCAAGAUCGAGGCCAUCACAUCUGCUCUACAUCAGAAGAUCCGCUAUCCCAUCCCUGGGGGCGGGAUCGGGCAGAUCAAUAGUGACCAAGCCAUGGCAAGGAGAUGCACCGCCCAAGGGCUCAAGAAGAGCAAGCAGUUGCAGUUCACACCAGUAAUGCAAGCUGCCAACGAGGCAGGAAGCGCUCUUAGCAGACAAGCAAACCCGAAAGGGAAGGAAGAUCAAGGUGAGGGAAUCCGCCCGGAAGACUCCCCUGAAAAGGGUUGGAAGCCUGAGGAUGACGUUGAGUUAGUACCUCCUGAUCUUGGCCAGCUAGACAAAGAGGCGCAGAUCGGCUCGUGCCAGAAACCGAACAAGAAGGAUCGAGACGAGGGAAUCCGCCCGGAAGGCUCCCUUGAAGAAGGUUGGAAGCCUGAGGAAGACGUUGAGUUAGUACCCCCCGAUCUUGAUCAGCCAGAGAAGGAGGCGCAGAUCGGCUUGCACCAGAAUUCAACCAAGAAGGAUCGAGAUGAGGGAAUCCGCCCGGAAGGCUCCCUUGAAGAAGGUUGGAAGCCUGAGGAAGACGUUGAGUUAGUACCCCUCGAUCCUCACCAGCCAGACAAGAAAGCGCGGAUCGGCUCGCGCCUAAGCCCAGACAAGAAGAUGGAGCUGACCAUCUUUCUCCAGAACAACAAAGACAUGUUCGCGUGGUCACCAUCUGACAUGCCUGGCAUUGACCCAAAUAUCAUUUGCCAUCGGCUCCAUGUCAACCCAGCUAGCAAGCCCGUGGUGCAGAAGAGACGCAACUUUGCUCCCGAGCGGGUCGCGAUCAUUGAAGCCGAGAUCGACAAGCUCCUAGCUGCCGGUUUCAUUGAAGAGGUCUCCUACUCGGAAUGGCUGGCUAACGUUGUUCUGGUGGCGAAACAAGAAAAGGGAAAAUGGAGAGUAUGCGUUGAUUACACCGACCUCAACAAAGCGUGCCUUAAAGACAACUUCCCACUGCCGAGAAUCGACCAGCUCGUGGAUUCAACUUCCGGCAACCAGCUGCUCAGCUUCAUGGAUGCUUACUCCGGCUAUAAUCAAAUUAUGAUGUACGAUGAUGACAAGGCGAAGACCUCUUUCAUCAUCGAAAGAAGGACCUACUGCUACAAGGUCAUGCCCUUUGGGCUGAAGAACGCCGGAGCAACCUACCAAAGGCUCGUGAAUAAAAUUUUCAAGGAGCAGAUCGGCAGAACCAUGGAGGUGUACGUGGACGAUAUGCUGGUUAAAGCCCCCAAGCGGGCAGACCACCUCAAAAACCUCACCGAGGCGUUCAGCCUACUCCGCCAAUAUCGCAUGAAGCUGAAUCCAAGUAAAUGCACGUUCGGUGUAUCGUCUGGCCGGUUCCUAGGGUACUUAGUGACGCAACGAGGUAUCGAGGCACACCCGCGCCAAAUCAAAGCCAUUCUCGAGAUGAAGUCGCCUUCCACAGUGAAGGAGAUACAAAGCCUGACGGGCAGAGCAGCGGCCCUUAACAGAUUCCUCUCAAAGUCUACCGACAAGUGCAGACCAUUCUUCAAAGCUUUGAAGAAAGGACAAAAAGACAAAUGGGACGAAGAGUGCGAAGUAGCUUUCCAGAAUCUAAAGACCUACCUUACUUCACCUCCUUUGCUCUCAAAGCCAGUUCCUGGUGAAGACUUGUUCGUGUACCUGGCAGUGUCCAACUCGGCCGUCAGCUCAGCUCUCAUUCGAGAAGAACUUGGGGCCCAACAUCCGAUAUUCUACACGUCAAAAGCUCUCCUCGAUGCAGAGACUCGUUACCCGAAAUUGGAGAAGCUCAUUUUGGCCCUUGUGGUUUCUGCGAGAAAGCUGCGACCUUAUUACCAAGCUCACCGAGUCAUCGUCAUGACCGACUUUCCUUUGAGAUCAAUCCUCCACAGCCCUGAUGCUUCUCAGCGACUCAUGAAGUGGGCUAUAGAGCUAAGCCAAUACGACCUCCUCUACCGGCCGAAGACUGCAAUAAAAGCUCAAGCCUUAGCAGACUUUGUUGCAGAAUUCACACCAUCAACCGAAGAAGAGAAGCUGAGACAUGUGGCAGUUGCGCGUAGACGGAGCGUCGAACCAGAAAAAGCUGGAGCAGGCGUCGUCAUCAUCACCCCAGAUGGAACCCUGUUAGAGCAAGCUAUCACGCUUGGCUUCCCGGCUUCAAACAACGAGGCAGAGUACGAGGCGUUGCUCGCUGGCUUGCGCUUGGCAAAGGAGCUAUCAAUCAAAAAGCUGGCCAUCUACUCAGAUUCCCAGCUGAUCACAAAUCAAGCCUCAGGAGAAUACAUGGCGAAGCACCCAAGGAUGAUCUUGUACCUUGACAAAGUUCAAGAGUUGUUGAAGGCGUUUCCCACCUUCACCAUCCAGCAAGUUCCCAGAGCAGAGAACGCACGCAGAUGCACUAGCAAGCUUAGGAUCGGCGCUGGAUACCCAGUUCAGACGUUCCAUCCCGGUCGAGCACCUUGA